GGUGCGUAGGUUAACGUAAGCACCGCCCCAAAUUCUUUAUAUAAUAAAACCAUUUUGCUCCUACAGAGCUCGCAUUAAAAAUCUCUGAGAUUUCUCCUCUUCCUCCUCCUCCCCCUCCUGCACUGCGCCAAUGGAGGGUCUUCCCCCAGGCUAUCGUCCCAACGUUGGCGUUUGUCUCAUCAAUUCUGAGAAUCAGGUUUUUGUGGCAUCUAGAUUGAAUGUUCCAGGAGCAUGGCAGAUGCCUCAGGGGGGUAUUGAAGAUGGGGAAGAGCCAACUUCUGCAGCCAUUAGGGAAUUACGGGAAGAAACUGGAAUAAUAUCUGCUGAAAUUAUUGCUGAGGUUCCGCAAUGGUUGACUUAUGAUUUCCCUUCAGCUGUGAAGACCAAAGUGAACCGUCUUUGGGGAGGUGAAUGGCAUGGGCAGGCACAGAAGUGGUUCCUCAUGACACUGACAAAAGACGAAAGUGAGAUCAACUUAGCAAAUGGUGAAGCUGACCCAGAAUUCUCGGAGUGGAAAUGGGCAAGCCCUGAAGAAGUCAUCGAGCAGGUAUGCUACCAAGUUGUCAUAAUUUUUGUGGGAAACCUUCAGCAUCACAAGCCCAGACAUCACGGGCCUACAUCGGGCAAGCAGAGAGAAGAACACAGCAUGGGACCUGCCUAUAUCCUCCUCUCUGCUUGCAUCUUAUGGGCUCAUGAUGGUUACUAGCUUGUGGCAUAUGGAAUCUCUCACAAUUUUUAUAUGCAGAGUAUAAUUUUCUUUGAUGACUGGUAUGUGAAAGCAGGCAGUGGAUUACAAGAGGCCAACAUAUGAAGAGGUUAUGAGAACCUUCAUGCCUUACUUCAAUGGCAGUGCUAUAUCUUCCAAAUGUAAAUCAACAAAAUGGUGAAUAAUGCUGCUGCAGCAGCAGCAGCAGCUUUGUAGCUCCGAAUGUUUCUUACCUGAUAGUAGUGAUUAAACCUUGUAGAACCUUUUUCUUUCCUUCUUUGUUCUUUUGUUUUGUUUCUUUUUUUCUUUUUUUCUUUCUUUCUUUUUGUUUAUUGAACGGCCAUGUUGAUGAAAUCUUAAAUUUUAGAUGGUUAAUUGCAAUAAAGAUCCUUGCAAAAAAAGUUUGAAUUGUGACUUUCCACAGAAGGAAGAUCACAACCUUUGAACAGAGGAUCUGUAAAAAUUUAAAAAGGAAAAAUAAUAUUGGCUAUUCUAUUAA